UGACCAGGACAUUACGGUCCUUUCAGGAGAAGCUAUUUUUUUCUGAUAAAAACUUAUUUUCCAAUUGAUUUAUAUCUACUAAGGACUUACUCCAUCAGUCUCCCCAAUACAGGAAGCUUCAAGCCAGAAGGAAAUUCUUCUGUAGUGGAAUGGGGAAAAAUCAAAAGAUAUUUUCCAAAGGGUUUCCUGUGUGGAAUCAAUGAAGUGAUGGAUAUGAAAGUGUUUGGAAAGCUUUAAGAUGCUGUCCCAACUUCCAGAAGCUCCUCGCCCAGGCCUCUGUUACAAGGCCAAGGUGGUAUGGUUACCAUGUCCGCCACACCACGUUUCACCCCUCUUGGAACAAGACUCCUAUGUGAAGGCGGAGCAGCCGUCCCUCAAGCAUCAGGAGAGAACCAUCCAACCAGUGCCCCAUCCCCGCCCUCGGGCUGAGCCAGUGCCCUCACCACAUUUCAAACACCCUGUGAUAGCCGUCCGGCCGCCCUGCCCUCCUCCCAGAACAGUCACAAUACCGCUGCCCCACCUCCACCACCAGAGUACAGCGAAUAAGGCACCCUCUAGUCCCAAGCACCAAGUGGUCGCCUCGGCCCUGCCCGUGAGCAGGCCUGACGUCCCCUCCGCCAAGCCUGCCAUGACUUUGGCUUUCAGCAAACAGUGUCCUCCGCUCCGUCCCAUACAUCAGCCCAUGAUUCCACUGGAUGCGAACCACCACACGGAAGCUGUGCCUAAUCCUGACCACUUUCCCAAGAUUAUCCCAAGCUCUGUCCCCCUGGCUGAGGAUCCGAGUCAUCUCAAACAUCCGUCGGCGCUGCCAUCAUCUGAGGAGGUUCCACCACGAGAGGUCCACAAGACCAUGUUCAUAGCGGUUCCCCAAGCGGGCCCCAACCACUCAGUCAGGGUCACGAGCGUACCAGUGAAUCCCGGCCCACAGCCUUUGCCCAAGCCCAGGCGUCGCAUCAGGGCCACAAACGCUCUCUUAGGAUUUUUAAAACUGGAACCUAUGCUUCAUUCCGCUAGCUCAAUAUCCCUUGGUCCAAACCACUGGUCCAGAGAUACAACUUCAAAAACCUCAGGUCUGGACAAUUGGGCCCAACCCAAAAGAUCUUCAUCCUCACAUCCCAACCUCCUUUGCCCUUGGAAGACAGUAUCACUGCUGUACUGCAAUGAGCCCCCCCAAAAGUCAAUGGGGGAGCCGUUAUCACAUCUGAAUCAGAAAACCAGGGCUACCACUGCACCUGCUCCUGUUCAGCUACAGCAGGCUGGGGACAUGACUGGCUCUAUGGCUCACGGAUUAUUUCAAAUGGAAAAAAAGCCCUGGGAAACAAGUUCACUGAGAGCCAGCCAGGAUCCAGGGCCAAGACAACUUCCAAUCAACUUACAUUUCCAAGGCAAAACUCUGCAUGUCCCUAACCACCAGGUGGUACCUCUUCCCCAUCCAGAGGGUCCUUCACAACCUACUGCCCAGGUCCCACUUCAAAUGGAACAAGAUCAUAGGAAGACAAUGCCCUUGAGACUGGAAAACCAGGUCCCCAAUCCCACAGGACAGGAUCACUGGGCCAUCCCUCCUUUCCUGGGCAUGGAUGGCCAGAAAACAAUUCUUUUUCUCCCUCAAUACCAGGCCACACCACCUCCCAGCCCUAUCCAUCAGUCGGAGGACAUCCCAGGCUCCAUUGCUUAUACCUUGAAAACGCUGCCACCAAGAAUGCAGCCACAGGCCACAACCAUAACAGGUGCUAGUCAGAAUCUCAGAACAGUACCUUCAAUAGUGUCUUAUAAGCAAGACAUCAAUCAGCUGGGCGCCAUACCCCAAUUCACAACUUCCCUCAACCCUGACUACCAGGUUGGGAAAGUCACAAAUCCCAAUGCCCAGCUGAUAUACCAACCAAAUGUAGAACUAUGGGGAACAAUGGCAAAGGGAAUGUAUCACCAGGAUAUGAGUCCCUUUGUGUGGGGUUAUGGGGCAAUCCCUCAACCCCAGAACACAAAUAAGACGAUUCCACCUCACUUGGACCACUGGGGCACACCCCUCCUCCAACCUGAAUUUCAGACUAAGGCUAUACCUGACCAGAACGUUCAGUUUACACUUCAAUCAGAACCCAAGCAUCACGGAAAAAGGCAACUAGGAGUAGACCACCCGCCUGCCUUUGUAACAUGCCAAAAUCAAGGGCCAAUUAUGUAUCCCCCAGGCGUAGGUGGCUGGGAAAAAGUUCCACCUGGCCCUAACUAUCAGGAGACGGUGGUCAGCGUUCAUCCUGGGCCUAAGCAACAGCCAGCUAUGGCUAUACCAGACCCCGCUGCACAAAUCUUGUUUCAGCCUGAACAAGGGCACAGGGGACCAACAAUGCCAAAAAUAAAGAUCCAGGCCCCAGAUCUUACGUUAGUAUCUUCACUGGGCUUAGAUACCCAAAACCCAAAUCUUUGCGACUCUGAACACCAAGCCACGCUUGUAGUCAAUAAUCCUCACCAGCCUAAGGAGACACUGAGGGAUGCCAAGGUCCAGGUCUCCCUUCAAGAAGAAUUCAAACGAUGUGAAAUACCACCAGCGGGAACCCACCAGCAGACCCCAAAUCCCACUGAUCACGGCCAUGGGACAACGGUUCCUCUGAACAAUGACAAGAAGGUAACACAUUUCCCUGUCUCUGACCGUCGUCGUAUCCUAUCACCACCUGGCCCUGCCUACCAGGCUGAGGCUGUUCCAGAACCUAGUGACCAGGAUGGAUGGCAACAAAAGCUAGAACACAGCAAAACAAUACAAUCAGCAACAGAGCAGGAAUCCAAGGAUCCCACUGGCAAAGGCCAUGGAGCAACACUUGCUCCCUUGAACAAAGAUCAACAAGAAACUAACUGUGAGCUUGAUCACCUGGACACAUCUCAUCUUGGGUCAGACUGUCAAACUGAGGACACACAAGACCCUAGAGACCAGAAUUCAAUUCAACCAGAACAACAACACUGGCAAAAAGAACAACCUGGAACAGAUCAGCAGAUCACAAAUCCCACUGCCCAAGAUUCCACAGAAAUAACUCUGAUUCGGAGCACAGAGAACCAGGAAACAAUUCUCUCAGGCACUGGCCACCAGGCUGUAACUUCUCCUUGUUCUGACUUUAGGGCUGUAGAUUCAGCAAGCCCUGGCACUGGGGAAUCAGGUAAAACGGAGCAGGAAAACAAGGAAAGACCACCACUCAGAAGGAAAUGCAAAGCCACAACUCUUCUAACUCCUGAAUUGGAGGCAACAGUACCUCCACUGGGCUCUGACGUCCAGGAUAAAACUCUGCUUGACCCUGAAAACCAUGGCUCCCUUGCACCCAGAGCUGAGGCAGAUGUGGACGCAUCAGGGCCUGUCACUGAUACUCCAAUGCACUCAGAACAAGUUCUCUGGGAAACACUGAAAACAGAUCCACAGGCCACAGAUACAACCGGCCAGGAUCACCAGAUAACACCACCUGUAGCUGGAGCCGACUGUCAGGCCCACCACUGUCCUCCCACCACUGUAGCUCACAACCCAGUUCAGAAAGAACAGAAAGAGUGGGAAGAAAUCAGUUCCCAGGAUUCUAUCCUUUUAGAAGUGGGUGUCAUGCAUAUACCUAAAUUAGACUUAGAUCUCCAAGACACAACUCCAUGUUACCCCCUCUAUGAUCCUGAUGAUCAGGCUACAGAUACAAUAGAUCCCAGUGCCCCAACAUGGGUUCAAAAACAACAGAAGUCCAGAGAAACAUCAUCAAUGGCAAUAGAUCAGCAGGCCAUGACUGUAACAGGCCAGACCCAGGAGGCAGUCACAUGUCCCCCAGACUUGGAAUCCCAGGACACAGCUAAAUGCCAGAGCCCACCUCUGUGUAGCCCUGACCAACGGGAUAAGAAUAUGCCAUCUCCCACUGACUUGUUCUCACUUCAGCCCCCAACCAAUCAAUGCACAGUAGUGUCCCAGGAAACAGACCAGCAGACCACAAUUCUAAUGGACUUGGGAUUCGGGACAUCACCUCCAUUGCUGAUACACCCUCAGGACCCAAUUCUGCUUGAUUCUACCUACCAGACCAUACCUUCAUCUGGCCCUGCAGAAGCUUUCUCAAAUCCUGAUCUUCAGAACACACCUCCACCAGGUCCUGACUGCUUAGCACGAUGGUCACCGAGGCAAGAGCGCCCAGUCUCACCCAUAUCCAGUGUUGACCACCAAGUCUCUCUUCUGCCCAAUUCAACAAACCAGGCUGAGGCUAUAUUUAGUUCUGUCAAACCCCAGGGCACAAUCCCAACACAGUUAUGUAAUCAGGAUAAAGCUUUAAUAAGCUUCAUCAAACCCAAGAUGGUACUGCCCUCAGGUCCCGGGCUGCUGACUAAACGUCUAAGGGGUCGCGGCCCUCAGGUUGAAAUUGGAUCAAAAUUUGACCCCCAAGUUCAGAUUCAAUCAAGACUACAAUACCAGAGCCAACCAGUGCUAAACAAAAAGUCUUGUUUAAAUUAUAUCAAGCCAUACACUGUGGAAGGAGGAAUCAUCCCCAACAGAAUAGUUCAGCUCAUCAUCGAUUCUAUCCCUCAGGAAAAAAUAAAAAAUGAUGUCUAUAAACAAAUUCUCCUGCGAAAGAGGAGGAAGUAUUCCCCUCAUGGUUCUAAUGGAUACAGUUCAUCUUACUAUCCUAUCUGUUUACUUUGUGCCUCCUGGAUUCCAAAUGGCUGUCCCCAUGAGGGAAUGAAAUACCCAUUUGAAGCACAGUUACUGGCCAUACCAACUCCUAUGCCUGGUUUUGAGGAACUGGGGGUGAGAUUUGUGCUCCAAGUGCCCCAGACAACAGAAUGCUCCCCUCUCGAGUUUCCUUAUUCUCGGAAUGGUCUGCAAAAGCACCCUCGUGGCCCACAAAUCUUUUCAACAUCACCCUGCUCUGAUCCUGGGCUGUCUAGAUCUUCCAGACCAAAGUGGCUACACUUCAUUCUUGACAAGGCUCAUCAGCAAGAAGGGAGAAACCAAGAAGCAGAAUUCAUAGGAGAAAUGCCCUUGAAGAGGCACAGCUUCAAAGAAGAGGACACUGGGGAUGGGAGGACAUUUUUUAAAUCUCUGUUGGAAAGAUUUCAGUGGAGGCUGAGAGAUUAAAUUACUAUAUAUUCUA